AUGGCCUCAGACGCGGCAUCCCAGGUCUCGGUCGGGGCUCUCAGUGCCAUUUUUGACGACAACAAGGCUCAAAUCCAUGACCCAAUCGUCCAGUGUGUCCAGAUCAAACCAUUGCCACCCCAGCCAAACCACCCUGAACGCUACCGGGCUGUCUUUAGCGACAUUGCCAACUAUGUCCAGACCAUGCUUGCCACUCCAGAAGCCAACCAUGUUGUUUCGGAUGGGUCCCUACGAAAGGGGUGCUUUGUUCGACUCAAGUCGUUCCAAGCCAAUUCUGUCAAGGGCAAGAAGAUUCUUAUCAUAUUAGAUCUUGAGGUUCUGAGGGAACUGGGCGAAUCUGAGAAAAUUGGAGAACCCAAACCCCUCGAGAGCAAACCUGAUGAGGAGGAAACCAACCAGCCCACCACAAUUUCCACUAAUGGAUUUUACGGCUCCAAGAUCCAAGGUGCCCAGCCACAGCCAAAUCCCCGAGCGCAACCCAUGCGAGCCCCCGCUGCGUCUGCUCAUGCCACCAUAUACCCCAUCGAAGCCAUCUCCCCGUACUCCAAUAAAUGGACCAUCAAAGCCCGUUGCACGAGCAAGUCCAACAUCAAAACUUGGCAUAACAAGAAUGGCGAGGGGAAGCUGUUCAGCGUGAAUUUACUUGAUGACAGUGGUGAAAUUCGCGCCACGGGCUUCAAUGACCAAUGUGACAUGCUCUUCGACCUUUUCCAGGAAGGGAGCGUUUAUUACAUCUCCAGUCCCUGUCGGGUUCAGAUUGCUAAAAAGCAGUUUACAAACUUGAACAGUGACUACGAACUCACUUUUGAGAGAGAUACCCUGGUUGAGAAGACGGAGGAACAAAAUGACGUCCCUCAGAUACGGUUCAAUUUCACCACCAUCGGUGAUUUGCAGUCUGUUGAAAAGAAUACAACUACAGAUGUGAUUGGGGUGUUGCAGGAUGUCGGGAACGCAUCCCAAAUUGUAUCUCAGGCGACCAAAAAGCCCUAUGACAAGCGUGAGCUGACCUUGGUGGACAAUACGGGAUUUUCAGUUCGCUUGACUGUCUGGGGUGCGACUGCGAACAACUUCAAUGUGAUGCCUGAGUCUGUUGUUGCCUUCAAAGGCGUCAAAGUCUCUGAUUUUGGAGGUAGAAGUCUGAGCCUGCUGAGUUCCGGCUCAAUGACCGUGGAUCCGGACAUCGGAGAAGCUCAUCGCCUCAAGGGGUGGUACGAUGCACAAGGCAGAUCCGAGAACUUUACCUCCCACGCGUCAGUUUCAACUGCAGCCGACUCUACUGGACGAGGUGAUCGAUUCAAGACUGUUGCCCAAGUUCGGGAGGAGCAACUGGGCAUGUCUGAGCAGCCUGAUUACUUCUCUCUCAAGGCAACUGUGGUUUACAUCCGACAGAGACAGGACUCGACUUGGUGCUACCCUGCCUGUAUCUCGGAGGGUUGUAACAAGAAGGUGACCGAGCUCGACCCUGGGCAGUGGCGGUGUGAAAAGUGCGACAGAACCCAUUCCAGACCGGAAUAUCGCUUUAUCUUGCCCCUCAGUGUCAGUGAUCAUACGGGCCAGCUUUGGCUCAGCUGUUUUGAUGACACCGGAAGACUGGUUAUGGGCACAUCGGCCGAUCAUUUGAUGCAACUUCGCGACGAGGAUCCCACGGGUUUUGACGAGGCUUUCCAGGAAGCUAAUUGUCAGACAUGGAAUUUCAGAUGCCGAGCCAAAAUUGACAACUUUGGCGAGCAGCAGCGGGUUCGAUAUCAGGUUUCGUCGGCAAAACCAGUCAACUAUUCCGAAGAAGCCUCUCGUCUUGCCGACAUUAUUAGCUCUUACAGAAUGGUAACCCAUCACCACGAGGCAGCGGAGCUGCACCCUAAGAAGAAAUCAAAAUCGGAGAAGCAUGCGAAGUCCACCAAAGACAAAACCUCGAAAAAACAGGAAGUCGAAGACUUAGCUCAAGACAGUGGCUCCUAUUCUCAAUCCCGAGCACUCACUGAACUCCCUCAGUCGGACAUUGAUCAGUUCCUCAGCGACAAGUCAAUCAAGAUCACUGAUCCUUUGCCCGAGGCCCCCAGUCUUCGUCCAAUGAUUUCAUUCGAUUAUCUCCCUACUUGUGAAGGUGGUCUGUACGCUCAGCUCAAGUCGUUUUCUUCGCCGACGCCCAUCCAGUCUGCGACCUGGCCCCUUCUCUUUGCUGGUCGUGAUGUUAUCGGCAUUGCAGAGACCGGCAGCGGCAAAACCCUGGCGUUUGGCUUGCCCUGCCUUAAGAAAUUGAUGGACUCAAAACGAAGCAAGAAGCCUUGCCAGCCUACAGCAGUGAUCAUCUCGCCCACUCGAGAGCUUGCGAUGCAGAUCUAUGACCAGCUCGUCAAGUUUUCCGAGUCUGGGAGAACAGAUGUUGCCUGCAUAUAUGGUGGUGUGAAGAAAGAUGAGCAGCGUGAGGCUCUGAAAAAGGCCGCCAUUGUUGUCGCCACCCCUGGCCGCUUAAAAGACCUUCAGAACGACGGUUCCAUCAAUCUUGGAAAGGUCAAAUACCUCGUGCUCGAUGAGGCGGAUCGCAUGCUCGACAAAGGUUUUGAGCAGGACAUCAAAGACAUUAUCCAGCCCAUGCCAGUUUCCAGGAGACAGACCGUUAUGUUCACAGCCACUUGGCCUCGCUCGGUUCGAGAACUCGCGGCGACAUUCAUGAGCUCACCUGUGACGGUGACUAUUGGCGGAGACCCCUCUGCUGAUCCUCGCGCAAACACGAGAAUCAAGCAGGUCGUCGAGGGGGGGAGCCAGUCUCCUGAAAAGGUUUUGGUUUUCUGUUUGUACAAGAAGGAAGCCAUGCGCGUGGAGAAGCUCAUCAAAACGAAGGGAUUCAAAGUUGCUGGUAUUCACGGCGAUUUGAAUCAGUCAGAUCGAUUCCGGAACCUUGAAGCUUUCAAGACAGGAGCAUCAACCGUACUGGUUGCAACUGAUGUGGCGGCGCGGGGCCUUGAUAUCCCUGCUGUGAAACUGGUGAUCAAUGCCACCUUUCCCCUCACUGUCGAGGACUAUGUCCAUCGAAUUGGUCGAACCGGGCGUGCUGGCGCCGAAGGCCAUGCAAUCACCCUGUUCACCGAAAAUGACAAGGCUCUGUCUGGCGGGUUGGUCAACGUUCUCAAGGCGGCAAAGCAGGAGGUGCCCGAGGCCCUGCUCAAGUUUGGAACCACGGUUAAGAAGAAGCAGCACGAUGCAUAUGGGGCUUUCUUCAAGGAUGUUGACACCGACAAAGCAGCGACAAAAAUCGUGUUUGAUGAUUGA